AAAACACAUCUUAAAUGUCCUCUUCUCAGUGAAUGUCCCCUCUGUUUUCCAGGUUAGCGCUCUACGUGUAUGAAUAUCUGCUCCAUGUAGGAGCUCAGAAAUCAGCCCAAACAUUUUUAUCAGAGAUAAGAUGGGAAAAAAACAUCACAUUGGGGGAGCCGCCAGGAUUCUUACAUUCUUGGUGGUGUGUAUUUUGGGAUCUCUACUGUGCAGCUCCAGAGAGACGGGAAACAUGUGAACACUCAAGUGAAGCAAAAGCCUUCCAUGAUUAUAGUGCUGCAGCAGCUCCCAGCCCCGUGCUAGGAAACAUGCCCCCAGGAGAUGGCAUGCCAGUAGGUCCUGUGCCACCAGGGUUCUUUCAGCCUUUUAUGUCACCUCGGUACCCUGGAGGCCCAAGGCCCCCACUGAGGAUACCUAAUCAGGCACUUGGAGGUGUCCCAGGAAGUCAGCCAUUACUCCCCAGUGGAAUGGACCCAACACGACAACAAGGACAUCCAAAUAUGGGUGGACCAAUGCAGAGAAUGACUCCUCCAAGAGGAAUGGUGCCCUUAGGACCACAGAACUAUGGAGGUGCAAUGAGACCCCCACUGAAUGCUUUAGGUGGCCCCGGAAUGCCUGCAAUGAACAUGGGUCCAGGUGGUGGUAGACCUUGGCCAAACCCAACAAAUGCCAAUUCAAUACCGUACUCCUCAGCAUCUCCUGGGAAUUAUGUAGGUCCUCCAGGAGGUGGAGGGCCACCAGGAACGCCCAUCAUGCCUAGUCCAGCAGAUUCAACCAAUUCUGGAGACAACAUGUAUACUUUAAUGAAUGCAGUACCUCCUGGGCCUAACAGACCUAAUUUUCCAAUGGGCCCUGCAUCAGAUGGUCCCAUGGGUGGAUUAGGAGGAAUGGAGUCCCAUCACAUGAAUGGCUCUUUAGGCUCAGGAGAUAUGGACAGUAUUUCCAAGAAUUCUCCCAAUAAUAUGAGCCUGAGUAACCAGCCGGGCACCCCAAGGGAUGACGGUGAAAUGGGGGGAAAUUUCUUAAACCCUUUUCAGAGUGAGAGUUACUCCCCAAGCAUGACCAUGAGUGUGUGAUCCAUUACCAAGUCUCCUUAUGAAAACCAUCAGGAGUCGGCCCUUCACAGAACUACUACGGAAGAAAACUGCUCAUCAGUGUACAGUUGAAGGAAUCUCAGCCAACCAAACCAACCCUUUAGCUCCUGCUCUCUCCCCUAUUUUGUGAAGAAAGCGGGUCCAAAUGUGAUUCAAACAACUGUACGGAGUGGCACAUUAGAAUUGCCCUAAAAUGAACUGCAAAUAAUCAUCUGUGUAUGUAUAUGUGUGGGAACGAGAAUGUAUCGUAUAUGCAGAUCCAUAUGCACAUAUACGCAUACAUGCAUUGACCCACAGGACAUUGUAAGAUAUUAUCACAUGACAUCUUAAGUAGAAGUAAGUAGGGACUUUUAUUCCAUCCUUUUUUUCACGUUUACAUUUUAAUUAUUAAAGGUUGCUCCAGCCCCUCCCUGAACUAUUUUGUGCUGUGUAUAUCACUGCUUUAUAUAAGUUAUUUUUUAAGGUGAACUCAGAUGUUAUGGUUUUGUAAAUGUCUGCAAUCAUGGAUAGGAAUAAAAUCGCUUAUUUGAGAGCUUUCAUUCACUUGUGUCUGAUGCAAGUUACCCAUGAGCCGCAGAACACACUAAGUGGAGAGAAUGUGUCUUCAUCCUUAUGCCCAGGCAGACAUUUCCUCAGUUACGGUCUGUGCAAAGAAGUUUAUUACCUCGUACUUAAGGAAAACACAUCAGCAGAAGUUUGAUUAGGGCCUCACCCGGUCUAUUUCUGCAGUGACUGCUUUAAGUUGAGUUCUUUCUUGGUUUGUUUGUCUUAGACAAUACAGAAGUCAGCAGCUAAUUCAAAUGACCUAGACCAUAGCAAUUAAGUGACACUGGUUGUCACAUUUUUAGCACCACAUUUUCUCUUUAACAUGACAAAGCCCGCAAAGUGAUAGCAAAACCACUUGUUUGAAUUCGUGACUUCUCACACAGAGAUCUGGAGGUAAAAUUUACAUAACGUACGAUGUGAAAUAGUAUUGUGUUUUUAUUUGAAUUCCCUGUAGACAUUUCCUCAGAGAUGUGAUAACAGACAGACACACAGACAUGCAGACACACUGACAUGAUUCAGGCUUUCAGCACCAGAGAGAAAAGAAGAAGCAUUGGUAGAGGCUUCUGGGGAGUUUGUUUCCCCUCGCCCAGUAGCUUGAUUGCUGGACCUGCCCUUGUGGUGUCCCUGCUCUCUGGCUGCAGAGUGCAUGCCCUGUCUGCUCUGGUCUGGCGUCAGAGGGCUUGCAUUCGGAGGCAGAUUAUCGGUGUAACUUCUCUUGACUGCCAGUGGCUAGAUCUCCAUUGUGUGUCUGACAGUUUGGAAGGGAGGAAAGACAUAGUUCUUAAUUGUCUCCAUUACCAAAGCACCUUGCUGCAUGACACUUUGCAGAUCUUUGGAAUGAAUUUUAAUCCUGUAUCCAAAUACCAAAAUCCUAACAAUUAGGAAAGUUUAUCUGUUACUCUAAGAUACCCUUCCUGUUACUUUUGAUACAAAUACUUACUGCUCACCCACCACUACCCUGCUGGGAGAAGGCACUGUCCAGUCUGAAGAGAGACGACUCCUUUCCUCUGGGGUUGUAGCAUGAGUGAAAAUGUUGACACUGUGUUUGCCAGCUCUUGGUUUCAGGUUAUUGAUUCAUUCUUUCUGAAAACUGAAAAUUUGGGCUGUGCAUGCCAGGAAUGCUGGGAGAAGCAUAGAAGAUAAAGCAGAUGAAUUAGCUUUGUACUACCAAUCUAGAUGACAAUAUGUGUCAUAGUCCAUAGCACAGCAUAGGAGCCCACAACUGCACCAGACAGCUGCCUUGUACCUGCUGGCUCCAGAGACCUGUCACAAACAGCUCACACAGUCUUCACCCUCCAGCUGAGGUAACCUGAAGAUGAGGCUCCAUACAGUUCACCUGAAUUGCCAGGAAUAGUGGUAGCUUUCACUUCCUGUGACAAUUGUGCAAAAUCAACUCUUUUCAGUAAACUCAGCUUUAUGAGGGUGGAAUUCCAGUGCUUUUGUUGCCUCUUCCCUCUGUCACCACUAAUCAUCCUUUCAUUUAUUGACUCUUCCUCGGUCACCACUGGCCAUCAUUUCAUUUGUUGACUCCUCCCUCCAUCACCACUGUUCAUAAUUUCAUUUGCCCUCGGAGAAGGAAAGCAUUGUUUCUUAUCACAACAAACAAACAAAAACUAUGAACCUAAUUUUACUUGUCCUUAUUUGAGAAUAGUUCUGGAAUAUAAAUGAUAUAAAUGGCAUCACAUGUCACUUUUAACCUGUUUGGUCAAAAAAGGAGGGAGGGAGUAAAAUGGAUUUGAUUUUUGUUUUGUGUGUUUGUUUUCAAUGUGUAGCAAUCAAUUUAUCAUUUCUUUUCUUUCUUGGAACCCCAAUCAAAAAUACUUAUUUCCAAUAUAUAAAUUCCUGAAAAACCUUAAAAAAUAUUUUAAGACAAAACCACAUUCACAAACAGGAAAAUAUAAGAAUAAUCAAUUUUAUAGCCAAAUAAUUUUGUUACCUGAAGGGUGAGCAGUGUCAGUAUAUUGAUUUUGUUUAGAUUUUACUUAUUUAACCUUAUUAUUUUUCUGGCAAGAACGUCUAACCUUUUCUUAUACAUUCCACCACUCUCAGCACAUUUGUCUUGUCUUGAUAUGUAUGCUGGCUGUUGUGGCUUAUUUUUGCACAUUUCACCCCAUAAUAAUGAAAUCAGCAAUGUUUGCCUACAUUGAACAUGACAUGCACGUAUAAAACGUGAGAAUAAAUAGUAGGUAUAAGCAUUAAUUCUUGUUACUCUGCUCUGUCCUGCCUAACUCACUGCAGUUGAAAACACACAUCACACUAAGAUGUGGAUGGUUCUUACCCAGGUGAUUCUCAUAGAGUGAAAAUGCCCACUGUGUCCAUGUGUCGUAUUAACACAGAUUUGAUGGGCGAUUUAGCAUCCUUAGAAAAUGCCGCAGUUUGGGUUCAAUUGCUAGUGAACAGGAAUUUUAUGGCUAAAACUCCAAGAUUAAGAUUUUUCAGAAGACUAACACAUCAGUUCUGUCCCCCCUCAGCCAUGGUGAGUUCUCAGACACACCUGUCCCUACAGAAAGUUCUUCCAUUUCUAUGUUUAUGAUUGUGUAAGGUAUCUGGACCCCAUUGCAUUUGAAAGGGCCAUUCAGUUAAACAGACUUCAGUAAGCUGCUAGUCUGCCUACACCUUCUCUUCCUACCCAGGACUGUUCCCUCCGAAGCAGAGCUUUGCCCCGUUCUCCCUACUCUGAAGCCCGGUUGGCUUCUUGCCUGGUUUCUCCAUGGAGAUGACAUACAGGGUUAAAUGUCUUUCCCUCUCAACCUCUCAUCUUUCCUGUCUACUCAGUACUUAGUACUGGUGGUCAUUCUCCCCAGGAAAAUGACUUCAACUUCCUUUGCCUCAUUAUUAAUGUUCAUCAUAAGCAGUAUUACAGGUCACAGAUACUGGACGUCUGAAUGUUAUCCUGUUUGUGUGCUGUAGUUCUCUUUCCUUGAAACAUUAGCCGAGGCAGGCAGCUCAUGGGGAAAACUGACGUGAAGAGACCAUUGUCACAUAUUUUACCAAACGUGCAUUAGUCUUUUGUGUGUGUGUGUGUGUGUGUGUGUGUGUGUGUGUUUUCUUCCUGGUGGACUAAAUUUCUCUGAUCUGAGAAGCACAAGCUUAAAACAGUGUUUGCUUAAAACAAUGGUUCCAAUUUUAAACGUUUGCAGCAGCCUCCCCCAGUCUGAGAAAUAGGCCUUAAGAAAUCCAGGGAAAGCAAGAGUAGUGAAGCAGUAUUAAUACCACUUUACCUGUGUCCAUAUGUUGAUGAUGGUAGCAUCCUCCGACUAUGACUCAUAUUAUUUUGUAGCACUAUUGACAUAUAGUAAACUAUUCUUUCUCUUGACUAUUUCUCAUUUCAAUGCUAAAAUAUCUGCUAAAAGUUACUUGGGAUGGAAAGAGUAACACAACACUAUACUACAUAUAGAACUAUAUAUAAGCAAGUGUCUCUCAGGCCCAGACUUAGCUUCUCACCAUUGGAUUUUUAUAGUGAUCUUGUCAGAAAUAGUACAACAAUUACAGCUUCCUGAUAUACACAUUUGUUUAUGAGAAAUUGAAUUGACAUCACCAAAACUUUAACUUUGCCCAUGGACCACAAUUCCAUUUGAAUGACCUACUGAUAAACCCGAGAUCUCUUUAAUCACUUCUCUAUUAUGAAGAGGAAUAUUUGGCUGAGUGAAUCUCCCAAGGAAAUUUCCUCACAUAAUUUGUUUUCCUAAACAAAAGAAUUUCUGUACAGAAUUUAAAUUUAAAUGUGAAUAUUUUUGCUGUCUAUGUUUUAAAAAUGAAAUACACGACUAUAUAUAAAUGUUACAGCACUUAAUGUGGGACUAGGUGUUUUCAUGUAGCAUUUACUGGGUGUUAUUAGGACAAAUCUUUGAUUCAUUUUCAUUAUCCCAGUCAUUGGAACCUUAUCGUCGGCUUUUAAAAUACUUAGCAUUUCAUUUGUAAAACAAGAUAUGCUGUUCCUAUGGCCAAGGUAAGUAUUAAUAUUUACUGAAAAUGAUAUAAAUAUUUGUUCCUCAUUAAUGCUUUUCACUUUCUCCUUUGUGGCAAGUGAGCUCAGUGCAUCGCCCCAGGGCAAGAUUUGGAUCCUUUACAGGCUUCUCAAACUGUACACAAUAUGCUGUAAACUAAGUUUCUAACAUGCCUUCAUAAAAUUGUCAGUAAAAUGUAAUGAAUCAUUUAUUUGUUUGAAAACAACAACUCAGAUAAUCUGUCCAUCUUACAUGAUUUGAGUAGAAUUCUAAAUUUUUGCAAUAGAGAUUUUCCCAACAAAGUACUAAUUAAAAUUUAUGUGGAUUUAGAUCAGAGAAGAUUUCAAAAAUGUUUACUUUCCUUGCAUUAUGACAAUGUGUAAACUCUGUUAGGACAGAUAAUUUGAAGGACACGUUAUUGUGACAAACAAAGAUGGAGAAAUCUUUAUGCAUAGAAUUCUUGAUUUGUGGUAGCCAUAAGAUUAUUAAAUUGUUUCUGAUUUUAAGAAUUUAAAAUGUUUCCUUACUACAUGUGUUAAAUUGUUACCUACAAUGUCUUCCUGAAAAAAUAGAAUUAUUUGUAAGGUUUUUAUAAAUGUACAAUUUAUGUAUAAAUAUAAUUGAAAUCUGGGGUGACUCAGUAAUUACUAUUCUUAAAUCAGUAAUAGCCACCAGAGAACUGACACAUUUGUAAACUUAGCACCUGUGUGUAUAUGUGUGUGCACAUACACAUUGUUACAAUUAUUCUCAAGUGAAUUUAUCGCUUAAUGUUUUUGUAAAAGUAUUUGAGCUGUUCGUGUAAUGGAAAAAGUCACCAUAAAGAUGUACAUAAAUGUCCCUUAAUUUGACACGUCGUCACAUUUAAUUUAUAAAAAUACUGCUUUUGA